UGCACUUUUCAUUAAUGCAGCAAUGAUUGUCUCCUAUAGUGAAUCGAAGUGUGGCGCUGAUUUAAAACUUGAUGCCGAUAACUAGUUUACGUCAGUUUAGUUGCCCCGCUAACAUUCAAGUCUCCAAUUCACCAUUCUCUCGAGUGACACGAUCGAAGGAUAUUGUGUUGCAAAUCAAGAAAUUUGUGGAAAAUGGCGGCAAAGCUCAAGACUGAAAAAGUUGGUAUAGUUGGCAGUGGUCUGAUUGGAAGAUCAUGGGCGAUGCUCUUCGCUUCAGUCGGUUACCAAGUGACAAUCUUCGAUAUAAUUCCGAAGCAGGUCUCGGAUGCACUUGAAGAUAUUAAGGUUCAACUAAAAACUUUGGAAAAAGACGGCUUACUGCGUGGCAGCCUCAAUGCUGAAGAGCAAUUUAGCUGUGUCAAAGGGUCUACUAAUUUAGCGGUAGCUGUAAAAGAUGCGAUUUUUGUCCAAGAGUGUGUACCAGAAAACCUAGAACUAAAGAAGAAAGUAUUCCAGGACUUGGACAAGGUCGUGGAUGACAAAACUAUUCUCUCCAGUUCAACAAGUACAACGCUACCUUCUCUAUUCUCUGCGGAAUUAAAACACAAAUCACAAGUCGUAGUAUCGCAUCCAGUAAAUCCUCCUUACUAUGUGCCGUUAGUUGAAAUAGUACCAGCGCCAUGGACGAAGCCCGAAGUCGCUAAGAAGACCAGAGAAAUAAUGAUAGAGAUUGGACAAGAGCCAGUAUCGCUAUCCAGAGAAAUUGACGGCUUUGUUUUAAAUCGCAUUCAAUACGCCAUUUUAAAUGAAGUCUGGCGCUUGGUUGAGGACAAAGUUGUAGACGUCAAAGAUGUCGAUAAAGUUAUUUCAGAAGGUUUGGGAAUGCGUUACGCUUUCCUCGGGUCAUUAGAAACUGCGCAUCUGAAUGCUGAAGGCAUGAAGAGUUACAUUGAAAGAUACGGGGAAACUAUCUAUAGCGUGAGUAAUACGUUUGGCGAAAUACCGAGGAUGACUACAUCAAAGAGCGCGGAUACAAUUUGCGCUCAGCUGGACGCAAUGGUCCCCGUGAAGCGCCUACCAGAGCGCCGCGCGUGGCGGGACGCGUGUCUCACGCGAUUAGCGCUCCUGAAGAAGGAAAUGAACACCAAAUAUAAAAAAAAUUAAAGAGCUAAAGAUUAAUGUAAAGACAAUGCACGUGAUAAAUUUUAAGGGCAAUUCAACUGUUCCUAUUACUUCGUUAAGCAAUCAAAUAUGUGAUUAAGAUACGUGCCAUUAUUUGUUGAAUAUAAAAAUAUUAAAAGCAAAAAAUAUAAAUAUUAAAAUCUUUUUACUAUUUACAAACAUGUACAAAGCAACUUUGUCAAUAUUUUAUUGAAUAAAUAUUUAAAACAAUAUAAA